GUGGCUCUGAAGCUGCGCCUGUCACGCAGUGUUUCAGUCUGUGUCCAUGAAUUCUGUUGUCUGACUGUUGUUGUGAUGCAGGUAGCCUCGUGGUGAGGGUCUGACGGCGGCUUCAGACUAUUACGCACACACGCGCACAAACACCACCCCGCCGCCCGCUGUUGAGGUUUUUUUUCCCCCCGGGGCGUUUUAAAGGCGCUGUGGGUGAUAAAAGCUCAGGCGCACUUAUUGCUGAGCGGUGGCCGCGCACUGAGGAAGGAGCGCACCUCUCUCCGGAGCGCACGGCGGAGGGGCGGAUCUAACAGGACACCGGCAUCUGCUGCCCCAGUCCUCAUUCACCCGCCAAGUCUCGGACUGGACAGCUUACAAAUUUCUUCCUUUGAGGCGCCACAUGUGCGCAAGCCACGGACCGAGAUUCCUCCGUGCGCCUCCGCUUCUCCAAAUGAGUUGACCGAGUGAGAAAAGCACCGAGACCGGAUGGUUCCGUCCCGCGGUGCAAACUUCCGACAGGUCCAAACAGCCCGGCAUGAUCAUUUCCAACGUGAGCCUGAGCUGUGCGCACUGUCCCGGGGGAGCAACCGGCGGCACCGCGGCGACGGACGCGUACGAGGAGGUUUCCGGUUCUCUCCCGCCUCCGGUUCUCUCCCUGAGCCCGACGGGGCACCUAGUGGUGGCGGUGUGCCUCGGCUUCAUCGGUGCCGUCGGGUUCCUCAGUAACUUCCUGGUGAUCACGCUGUUCUGCCGGUACCGGGCUCUGCGCACGCCCAUGAACCUCCUGCUGGUGAGCAUCUCGGCGAGCGACCUGCUGGUCAGCGUGCUGGGCACCCCGUUCAGCUUCGCGGCCAGCACCCAGGGGCGCUGGCUGAUCGGACGCGCUGGGUGCGUUUGGUAUGGCUUCGUUAACGCGUGUUUGGGUAUCGUCUCCCUGAUUUCUCUGGCUGUUCUGUCCUACGAGCGUUACUCCACGAUGAUGACUCCCACGAUGGCCAACAGCAGAGACUACCGCUCGGUGCUGGGAGGCAUCUGCUUCUCCUGGCUCUACUCCGUGGCCUGGACUGUGCCUCCACUGCUGGGCUGGAGCAGAUACGGGCCCGAGGGUCCCGGCACCACCUGCUCAGUCGACUGGAAGACCCAGACGGCAAACAAUGUCUCCUACAUCGUCUGCCUGUUCACCUUCUGCUUGGUCCUGCCGUUCGGCGUCAUCCUCUACUCCUACGGCAAGCUGCUGCACGCCAUCAGACAGGUUCGCAGCGUGAGUUCGGUGGUGAGCCGUCGCAGAGAGCAGCGGGUGCUGGUGAUGGUCGUCACCAUGGUGGUGUGCUACCUGGUCUGCUGGCUGCCGUACGGCGUGGCGGCGUUGCUCGCCACCUUCGGCCCUCGCGACCUUUUGACCCCGGAGGCGAGCAUCACGCCGUCGCUGCUGGCCAAGUUCUCCACCGUCAUCAACCCUUUCAUCUAUAUAUUCAUGAACAAGCAGUUUUACAGGUGUUUCAUGGCGUUCUUCAGCUGCUCCACCCCCGAACAAGUCUCCAGCAUAAAGACAUUUUCUCGGGUGACCAAGACCCUCCGCACCGCCCGCCAGGAGAAGGAGCACCACGUGUCGGCCCCGGCCCCGUCCUCCGUCAUGCCCACGCCCAACUCCGUCCACGAGUCCUCGCAGGGCGCCAACCACGUGGGCGCAUCGGCGACGAACCGAGACAGCGGCGCCUCCCAAACCCCCGCUGCUGUCAGCCCCAAACCCAAACUGAUUCUUGUGGCUCAUUACAGGGAAUAAAGACGGAGAAACAACAGGAGCCGGGAAGAGAAGGAGCUGGGGCGCAGGUCUCCAAUUAAGAAACAAAUCCUCUUAAUAGCAGAAAAGAGCGAGCGCAAAGUGAGCUCAGCGGGAGUCUUAAAUGCAAGCUGGGACGUUGUAAUCCCAGAACAGGUUAUCGUUGCUGCGAGAUCGACAAACAGGGACACACACACACACACACAGACACACACAGACACACACACACACACACACACACACAAAACAUCUCAUCCUGCUUACCGGAGGCUCUGUGUACAAAGCAGAAGGAAGAUAUGAAGAUUAGGGCUACACAUUCUGCUUUGUUUUGAGGUUACACCCUUCGUCUGCCAUUAGGAUGUACUCGCCACAACACAACCGUCGUGCACAGGAGCACAAACGUUGCAUUCAAAGCUCACUUACCUCUACAGGUUUGCAAAAAAGGCCUCGAGGGAUUCGUCCCAGAUUCACUCUCAGCAAACCUGCAUCCGUUUGUUUCUUUCACACAGCAGCAGGGCGGUUAAUGUUGAGUUGAUUUUGUGGAAAAAGAUGAGAAUUGUAGGGUCAGAGACAGGCCCACGCAGAGCCAGUGUGGAGAGGCUGAUUAUGAAACAAUCGGGAUGCCUGUUCUUCUGGAAAAAAAGAACAAAAAAAAACUGAUACGUACUUUCACAAAGUGAUUACUCAUGCUGGAAGGUGUGCUCUGCUUGCAAAAACAUGUUUGUGGGGACAAAAAGUACAUUUAAAGAGGAUGCAACGGUAACUCUUUAAUCUCCUAUUUAUUAUUUAGCAGUUAUUAGCAGUAUGUAAACAUUUACUAAAUCUCACUAUAGUGUGUUUGGAAGCAGACAUUGCAAGUGUUUGUUGGUGUGCAUCAUUGUCAGCAGCUAGAAUUUCCAUAAAAGCAUUUAGUAAAUGUUUCUGUACUGCUUAAAAAAUGCUCAUUUGGAGACGCGGGGCUGAUGCAUUCGGAUCCGAAAUGAAGUGCUUUUGGAAUUAAACCCUUUAAUUCAGACGUGUAUAUUUUUGGAGGAUUUUGUUAAUGAAUGUGCAGCGUGCAGCAUCUCCAGGGGGAAUGUGUUCGCUACGAGCCAAGAAUUAGCAUGUUUAUUAGGUUGCUAUUAGCUUGUUGGCAGCAUACAUGGAAAUAAGCACGAUUGCACUUUACCGAUUUCCGAAGAACUGCGGAGAGGAAGACAUGAAAUCGCGUUCACUCUGCCCCAGUUAAUUCAAUUACAAAAACAAAUAGAAAUAAGCAAACAAAUCCUCAUAAAUAGGUCAAGCUUUUUUGCUUGCAUUGAUGUGUCUUUGUUACAUAACUAAAUGACGUUCUUUCUUAAUCGGAGGAGUAAUUCAGGAGCAUUUCAGAGAAGCACAGUGUUCUUUGGUGGCGAUUUCAGAAACUAUUUGGUGUUCUUUUUUGUUACAUUUUUUUUGUAAAUGGGGCAUAUUUUGUCGGCUUAAGUGUGUAGCGACUGUAGCAGAAUUAUUCUUUUUUUUCUCCUCCACAACAAUAAUUUAGUCAAAAAACCAGGUGAGUAUUUCUCAUGACCCCGUUUCCAUGCCUGAUAUUUUGGGAUUUAAAGAUUUGUUGAGCAACUCCAUGCAUUUUUAGAAGUGAGAAAGUUUUUAUUAUGCCUUUAUUUACACUUUGCUGUGUAUCUCCCCAUCACGAGCGCUGGGACUGUUAUGAAAGCCAUUAAAGGGACAUUUCACCCCGUUAUGUGGGACAUGUAUAGAGAUUUCACAGUUUUUGAGUUGUCUAGAUGUUCCUGAAGCUGCUGUUUCUCUUUGCUUGGUGGAAAUGUGGUUUUGUGUUGUCUCCUAAUGUAUUUUUUUCCUUUACUUAUGUAACAUAAAAUGAAAUCGUAUCACAAACGGA